AUGAUGGAGUUGGGAGCCAGCGUCACUAGCCAUGCUGACAUCGCUGGUCAGGCUUCUUCUGUGCGGCGGGCAACCACUCUGACCUCGGCAACGUCACAUCCCAUCGAGGAUACCACCCUGCCGAGGGAUCACACCAAGGCGGCGACGGAGGCUGAAGCGCUGAUUUGGGAGGCCGAGUUCCUGAAGCGCCGGAGGGAUCAUUUGCAGCUUCAUCACCCCCAGGAGCUUCAAGAACAGCGGGUCCCACUAGGCGUCGCCUUCUCUGGCGGUGGCGUGAGAGCGGCUGCCUUUCAUUGUGGACUGCUAUGGGCAAUAAGUAGCCAGGGGCUGCUCAAGGAUGUGCUCCAUCUGGCUUCCGUCUCGGGUGGGGCCUAUACUGCAGCUUCCCUGGCAACGCAUCUGGUGAAGGCCAUGGAGAAGGGCCCACCACACUGCCAAAGCUUAGAUGCCUUCUACCGCGAGGUGGCUGCUGAGACGAUUCUCAGGAUGCAGAGCAACAUCAACUACCUUGUCCGGAUGGGGGAAGGUCAUAAGAACUCUCCCGACCGCGCGCAUUGCCCGAGAUUGCUUGACAUCCCCCUCUUCAUCUUCACAAUUGUGGCCUCAGCCUGCUUGUCCCCCACGUUGAUCCUCGUGAACACCGUUUGGCCUUUGGUGCUCUGCAUCGAACAUGAGCUUGCCGGCACCUUGAGAGGAGCAUGGUGCGACCCGGACCAUUCCAAUUUCAGCAGCGGCCUCUUCGAGUGGACCCGGUUGAGACUGGUUUGGGGCACCGGCCUGCUUUCCGUGACCGGAAUCCUCUUGGCCAUCUUGGCGCAAGUUGGCUGCUGCCGUCCUAAGCCUGGACGAUACUGGCCACACCUUUUAAGGCGAUCCUUGCAGCAGGUUUUGCUGCGAGGAGCGAUCUGUUAUACCAUCUAUCUUUGCGUACCUUGGGUGCUGUUGGAGAUGCAGAACCUCUCCUGGGGCACUCGUGGCAUUCUGCCAGACAUAAGCCACGGUCAUGGCGCCGAGUGGGUCCAGUUCUACUGCUGGAGGUACAUAACUCACUCUGUUGCCACAUCGCCCACUUGCGUGGACUACGAGACUUCCAACGAUCUGCCUUGGUACUUUCAUGGGGAGAACAGCUUGUACAUGAAUGCGACCUGGGUGGCAGCGCAAAAGAUUGGAAGCCCAACUGGUGUUGAUCCCUGUGGCGCCACGGGGUACACCACACCGAUGUUUCUAGCUAUCAAUGGCAUCGUGCUGGCGGCUGGCUUGGUUGGGCUGCUCUUCGGGCUCUCCCUGUUGCGAUGGUACCUCACCGUGGCUGGGCCCCUGUGGAGUGCUUUUUUCGUGGCUCAGGUGGCACAGUGGCAAAUCUUCGGCCCGCUCACAGGGCAGGCUCUGAUAGCUCCGGGCCUGCUGCGCUUUACGGAGACCGACAGUUCAUGGGUGUUCCACCUUUGCAUAUUCGGUGCCGUGCUAACGCUUCCGGUGUAUGAUAUGCUAAUAAAGCUCAUGCACUCCUACUACCGACGUUCCUUGCAGUUGGCCUACUUCUGUGACGGCGAAGACAUUGACUUCACUGCCACAGCAGAGUGUCCAUACUGUCCCCAUCUUUUGCUGGGGGCGUGUGUUAAUGACUUCAGAACGCCUCAAGAGGAGAAGCUCCUCUGCGAUUUUACACUCAGUCCUCUAUAUCUGGGCUGCCCACGCACAGGUUUCUUUUGUACGGACUCCGGGAUGAGGCUUGGCUAUGCAAUGUCCGUCUCCGCGGCUGCACCUGACACCUUCAUGCUCACCAAGUUUGACGUGCUUCCCAUCCGCUUUGUUCUUUCUGUCUUCUCGCUUCGCUUGGGUGACUUUGUCAGGUUGGAGCCCGACGGCAAAGUGGCCAUCAAAGUGGGCAGAACAGUUCGUCGCUUGGAGGAGGCCGCCGUUCAUAGCUCUACUGGAGGGCAUGCUGAGCAGCAUGGGCAGACUGCACAGUACCUAGCCCAGAGAAUGUUGGACCGUGCCAUUGUGGCCUUGCCUUUUAUCGGCUGCCACCUCCUCUUGGUGUUGGGGAAACAGCUGGGCAAUGCUGGCGACUGCUUCUCCUACGGCGUCGUACUGCAGAUUGGCUUAUCGGGGUUCGUGGUCGUGCUGGUGCUGAGCUUCUUCGCUUUUGCUCCACAGAUGAGGUGGCUCAUGCGAAGUCCCCUGAUUCUGCAGUUUCAGAUGAUGUUCAUGCAUCGGCACCAGGCUGCGCGGCCACCGCCGUAUGUUUACUUGUCGGAUGGGGGCCUCAUCGAGUGCUUGGGCGUGCUGAUGCUGCUCCGGAGGCGCAUGCCACUCAUCCUUUGUUCGGACGCUUGCGAGGACAUGAGCUUGACCUUGCGAGCACUUCGCGACACCAUCGAGCUUGCCAGAGAGGAACGGCUAUGUUCCUUCUUCGACAUGCAUGACCCGAGGCGCGACGUGCACUUGGCGAUGGAAGAGUGGCGGAAGGGUCAUUCUUCGUACCUGCGGCUCGGAAUCAGGUACGAGCGCUUACCCGGUGAGGAGGAACCCCUCGAGGGCGAGCUGCUGUACAUCCGCAUGCGGUUGGCGCCUGGGGACGCAGCUCUUGAGCGGCCGAUCUUGGAGAAGCAAGAGCUGCUGCAAGACGCGGAAACGCCGCGAGGAAGUGCUUUCAGCGAACAGGCCUCACCAGCCACGCCGUCGCGACCACAGUGGGGACCAGACAACAGGCCCUUUCUGGAUGAGACGAUGGGGGAUUCUCUCGAGGCUCCAACUUCCUCUCCGCGCAGCGGAUAUCGGCGCGACAUGGACGGUGUUUGCUGCGAGGGCAACUGCUGCGGGUUGCGUCGAUGUGGACGAAAGUUUCCGGACUUCGGCACCGGCAACCAGUUCCUCCAGCCCAAGCACUUUGCCAACCUCUGCUUUCUCGGUGCGGAGAUGUCGCUGCCAGCAGUUCGACAUGCUGCGGCGAAGAUGCGAGAAGCCAGGUAA